GUCCCAUUGUGACCUGGGAGCGCAGGCGGAGCAGGAAGGUUUGUCUGGGGAGACUCAUUAAUCCCCCGCCUCCGUGCCCAGCCCGGGCCCUGGUCCCGCUGAAGCCGCCCUGGGUACUGCCCGCCCCGCUGCGGAGCUGCAGGCUCCAGGUACCAGAGCUAGCCCCGGGGGUGGGAGCUGGGUGGUGACUCUACCUCAGUGUCCGUGGCAGGGAGUUGUCUGGCAGGAGGGAACCGAGGGUGGGGGGAGUGCGCAGCUCCCCUUAUAGUGCACUGUAAAGGCAUCAUUCCAGGGGUCGCAGCGGUGGUCCCCCAUGACGAGUCCUACUAAUGGAAAAACUUCAAGCACUGGUGCAUGUGGCGAGCACGCACACCUACUGUGGAGUAGACAGGAGCAACACAUUUUGAAGAACGCCAGUUACGGACCAGGCUACAGAAUAUCGUCCAUGUUUCGCUCCAAAUCAUCCCCUCCUCCUAGGGGGAAUAAAAUGGCUGCAGUGGAGCUGGCUCAGGAGCUGGUGACCUUUGAGGAGGUGGCUGUGUAUUUCACCAGGGAAGAGGCGGCUCUGCUGGACCCCACUCAAAGAGCCCUCUAUAGGGAUGUCAUGCAGGAGAACUACGAGACGGUGGUCUUGCUGGUAGGAUUUCCAAUUUCCAAACCUGAUGUGAUCUUGCAGCUGGAACGAGGGGAAGAACCAUGGGUCCUGGACCUCCAGGGCUCAGAAAAAGAAGUGCUCCCAAGAGCUGCCUUCACAGAGAGUGACCUAUGUCUGGAUUCUUUCUGUCUCCCAUCCGGUGAUGGGAUGGUGAGUGAGAACGAGGAGGAGAAACCCCAGCAGGAAGAUGCUGUGCAAGUAGAACCACGUGGAACAUUAUCAGGAAGAUCCAAAGGGAAUGUUUCCAGGAGUUGUGCACUCUCAGAAAACACAAAAGCCUGUGAGACUCAGCAGAGGCCAGAGGAAAACUACAGUAGCCACUCAGACCUUCUUACACGUGACAGAAUCAACUUGGAAGAGAGACACUAUGCCUGCCAUGAGUGUGGGAAAAGCUUCAGUCGGAGCUCACACCUUCUCAGACAUCAGAGAAUCCAUACAGGGGAGACACCCUACACAUGCUCUGAGUGUGGGAAAAGGUUCAGUCAGAGCUCUGCCCUGAGUGCACACAGGAGAAUCCACACAGGAGAGAAACUCUACACAUGCUCUGAGUGUGGGAAAAGCUUCAAGCAGAGCCCAAGCCUUAUUAGACAUCACAAAAUCCACCUGAGAGUGAACUCUUAUAAAUCACUUGACUAGAGCUGGCCAAAGAUUUUUUGUUUUUUUUGUUUUUUUAAUCACAUUUGCUAAUUCCCACAUAGUGAUUUUUGCACCAUCUUCACCGUGGCGCCUCAGCUCCACCAGAUCAGUUGCUUGCUUCUGCCUUUUGCACCUCACUGUUCUUUGGGGUCAGUCCUAUGAUCUUUUCUAUCAACUCCUGUCCUUUUGAGUCAUAGGAGUGUGUGUCCCUCCUGCCAGGAAUGUUCAUCAGGUCCAGGUGGGAGAGAGAUUUGGUCCCAACAAGCUACACUGAGGCAAAAACUACCUGUGCCUUCCAUCCACUAGGACUGUUCAUGGUGUUAGUUGCUCAAGUUAGUGAUCUUGGUGUAAAAAGACAAUUAGAGUUGUAGUGCAGAUGCAGCCCAGGUGCAGUGGUUGGCAUUAGCUUUCCCCUUGACCUGACCUAACCUAACCUAAACUCCGUCACUUCCUAGUCUAAAUAAACCCUGAGCAUUACGGUUAUACUGUUCCCCAUUUCAAAGCAACUGUUAGUCAUCCAGUUCUCCCUUGGGGAACAAAUUGUUUCAUUCCCAGUUGCUCUGAUGUUGCUUCAGGUUGUGCUGGGGAGCAGAUAUUUUUUGCUACUAUUUUCCUCACUUAAAAUGUAUUGAACUAUAACAAAGAGCAGGAACAGGGCAGGGAUAGGGAAAAAUGUCAUUUCACCUGCUGUAACAACAGACGUAGUUAGGGUAAGUCAAAGGGAUUCCCUUAUUCCCCAUCACCAUCCCAAUCCCCCUGUUGUUUAAUUGGUUAGGUCAAUAAUUUUUCUAAAGGGCUGGGAAGAGGAUUCCCUAGUAAAUGACUUGUAACUCAGCAAAAUACCUAUGCAUUGGGCUCCCAAAGCAGUUGUGGCCCAGGCCCUGCAGGACGUUGCUCCUGAAAGUAGCUCCUUCCUAAUCAACUGCAUGUUGCCUAUUAUUUGGGAAAUGCAAUCCCUAUCUAGGUAGAGAUGGGGAAAAUGUAAGUGACGUUUCUGUUCAGCUCACCCUGGGAGAUGCUGCAAACGUGUAGAAAAUGGAAUCUGUGUUGAGUGUGAUAUAGUUGUAGAUAGAUACCUAUUUUUAACAGAGACUUGACAUUUGUUGUCUUACAGGGAUGCUAAACCGCACUUGAAUUUAGCCCCUAAUUUAAAUCUUUGGUACCAGAUUAAAAAAUCAAAGGGCAUAGUAGUGGGAAUUAUACCUCACUGUCGCUACUGCUAUGUUGUGUGGUUGGUGAAGAAUUCUACGCCAGAGACUUGGAGUAAUUUUAUACUUAAGGUCAAAGAUUUGAUAAGGACUCAGGUAGAAAUUGCAGGUACUUAGUGGUUGAUUUUCACCUCAGAGAUGGAAGCUAUGGUGACCUGUGGCCCAGGUAAACUAUUUUUCGAACCCUGCUCCCUAGUUAAGUGGCAUUGAUCACACUCCUAAAGGAUGCCAUGAUUAAAUUGGGAACAACUGUCUUUUACCAUUUGUCUCCAAAGUUAGAUGAAGCACAGAGAGAAACAGCUGAUUCCUUCAGAGCCAUUCCAUGCCUAUGGGUCCCAAUCUGGCUGUCUUGUUGGAGAAAAAGCACUUCCAUGCUGGGCAAAUGAUAGUAGCCAAUGAGGGAAUGUAUCAGAUUCCAAGUUCAGACUGCGGGAUACAUUAAUGCGGAGUCCAGAGUCUGUGGUUUGGUCUCUUAAUUUUGCUAUUAAGUCUUAUGCAUUUGUAUCACUUCUCCAUCUCCUGCUACUCUAAAAGAUUAGAAAGAGUGAAAAUAGAGCACAGGUGGGUUUUUCUCAUAAUGCAACCUUCCCAUGUAGUGUGAGACCCCUUCCAUCCACGCUUACAGGAGAAGUCCCAGGGAGAAAUGAACUCCCAGAAAUGGAAGGCUCCUAGGUUAUUGUAGAAUGUGAUUUUACACAAAGCUGAUUGAGUGGAAAUGGGAAUUAAGAGAACUGCUCUAUAGGUUUCUAUUUUGUAAUCUUUGAAUAAGUUGUUACCAGUGACAAUGAAAUUAAACAUGAAUUAGUGUAACAUAAGAGACUGAUUAUGUGAUAACUUCCAAUGUUCUGAUAUAAUUCUGGUUUUCUUCUAGUUCUCUCCCUGCCCCCUCCUACUAUGUAGGAAAUGGUGGCUAAUCCUGAAAUUAAAACCUCACUCGAAAAGAGUUAGAAUGGGGGAAUACGUGAGAGAAAUAGCAUGUACAAGAAUAGAGACCCAGGAUAGACUGUAAUUAUUUCUAUUUCAAAUGGAAUUUAUUUUGAUCAAUUUUCAAAUAAAUCUUCUGUUAAGAGGAAAAUUACUUGACAAGAGAUGUAACCUUUUACCCAGUUAGAGGGUAACAGCCACAGAGUUCCCCAGGUCUCAUUUGCAAAGCAAAGAUGUCACAUCAGGCAGGAGAUGUCAAAAUCUAAAAUGGUGAUUGAUGUGUGAUGGGAGCUUUUCUGGGUUGGUUUUUUGGUUUGGUUUGGUUUUUUUAAUUUAAUUCUUGUUUUGUUUUUGGAACCAGUUAUUUUUAUAGGCACUGAGACCCCUUUUCCUUUUGAGCACAGCUGUUUAACCCUCAGGCCUGGCUCUAAGAACAGGAGUACUUGUGGCACCUUAGAGACUAAGAAAUUUUUAUUUGAGCAUAA